CAGGAAGGCUGUGGAUCAAGAUCGCUUGUCGGCCAUGCUUGAGCUGGUGCUCUUCUCCGGCACGGCGGCUGACAACUGCAAUUUUCUGCGCAUCUUUCUGAUGGAUGAGUCGUCCAUGCCGAAAGACGCCACACGUACAGGAUGCCUUUCACUUCUGGAGAAUUUCUUUUCAGCUUUAUUGACAUCCAGCAGGGAUGCUGAUGCGUUGAAGCUGCUGAAAUCGCUUCAACAGGCUCUCUUCUCCCCUGGUCCUGACUACAAGCCGUUAGAUGCCAUGUCAGGUGCAGUUGUGGCUCGGCUACUGAGAAGAACCAACCUCUUUCAGGUUUUGCCAGCUCUUUGCCAUCCUGGAGGCAUUCUUCAGGCGGCAGAUGUGGUCCUCCUGAUGACCUCAGGGUUAGAGGCCAUCUCCUGUGACACUGUGGAAGCGUCCCUUCGUUCGCGGCAGGAGUUGUUGGCCAUGCUUUUGUCAGCUUCCAAUUUGGUGGAGUCCUUGUGCGAGGCCGGCAGCCAUCCAACAGCUGCGCAAUGCUUGGCACGCUUGUGCUGCUUGCUGGUUCACACUGCAGGCGUUCUAUCUCCCACCGACCAAGAAAGGUCCAGCCCCGCCACUUUGGUGAACAUCGCGACGCUCCUGGAGCGCUUUGCCCUGCGCCGCGAGGCAGAUCCUGCGGAGCUGCUGGCGCUGCUGUCCUGGCUCUCGUGGUCCAAGGCUCUAUGCGGAGAUGAUACGCAACCGUUGCUUCGCUUGCAUCGUGCCAGCUUCGUUCGUACUUUGCUUGCUGCCAUCGGACGCGCCCGAGACGAUGUGCUGCUGGCCGUGUGCCGCUUGUAUUUCGCCCCGUCCAAUGGAAGCGCUGAAGCUGAAGUGGAUCCUCCCCUGGAGGUGUUACAGACUUUGGCCUUUGCCACGCCCUUGGCAGAAUGGCUCUAUCCCACCUUUGGUGGUCUCAUGAGGAACCGAAGCUCAGAGGCGAUCUUUGAAGCCUUGCAGCCCCCACAAUUGGCCAAUGCCGAGGCCAUUCGUCUCCGUGUCUUUUGCUGUGUCUAUGCAGUGCAGCUGCAACCCAUGUACGACUACGAAUUCUUCGGUGACGCCAACCCCUUGCGCCCGGAGGAGGUUCGGGAGCUGCUUCCGUUCCUCAAUCGCUUAGCCUACCACUUUGUCACCAGCAUGCCGGACCAGGCCACCCUCCUCCCCGCUGCCAAAGCCUUGCGGACCAGUCUCACGUCCUUGAUCAACCUCCUGUACCAACGACAUCAACGCCGAGCCAUCUUGGACAACGAUGCGGCUUGGAUCAUCCCCCAGUCACGUGCCCUACUGCGCCGGGCGCCCUUGGUCCUGAACCUGGGAACCACGGAGGAAGCGGUGCCGGAGGACGAUGAUCCCAUGGAAGUGGACGAAGAUGGAAGAGCUCCGGAGGCCCAAAGAGCUGCCGCCAGUGCCACCUCUUCUCAAGCUUCCGCUGAGAAGGCGCUGCAAGCCGUGCUCUCCGAGAUGCCUCACGUCUUGCCCUUUGAGGAUCGGGUAUCCAUCCUCCACAAUGCCAUUCUCGCAGAUCAGGAGCAGCGACGGGCUUUCCGAGGGCCCUGGGGCCUUUCCGCCUUGGACAAACGGCAGAUCCGCCGAAACUUCCUGGUGGAAGAUGGCAUCGCGGCCUUCGAAGGUCUGGAUGAAAAUGCCUUGCGGGACACCUUCCGCGUGGAAUUCAUCGCACCGGAUGGCAGCGUGGAGUCUGGUGUGGAUGGCGGCGGUUUAUUCAAGGAAUUUAUGAUCCACAUUUGCCGUGAGAUGUUCGAUCCAGAGUUCGGACUUUUUACCGCCACCAGCGACCAUGCCCUAUAUCCAUCUCCUUCUUCCUUGACGCAGGUGUCACAUGCAGCUGACUUGUACAUAUUUCUGGGCAAGGUCGUGGGUAAGGCGAUCUAUGAGAUGUUCCUCUUAGAGCCUCAAUUCAGCCGAGUCUUCCUGAACCGCCUCCUGGGUCGAAUCAAUGAGGUGGACGACAUCGCUUCAUUAGACCGGGAACUGCACCGGAACAUGCUGCAGAUCAAGGAGUGUAGCGACGUUGAGGCGCUUGGUAUCACCUUCAGCAUUUCUGUCACGGAAAAAGGUGUCAACAAGGACUUGGACCUCAUUCCCAACGGCAGCAAUACUCCGGUGACCCGCGAGAACCUGACCCGCUACUUGCACCUCAUGGCGAAUUACAGGACCAACAUCCAGUUCCAAAGGCAAACCUCAGCCUUUCUUAGUGGCCUUCAAAAGGUGAUUCCUGUGACAUGGUUGAAAAUGUUUGAUCCAUACGAACUGAACACCUUGAUCUCGGGCUCCACGGCGGGUGGAUUCGAUGUCCGUGACCUUCGGGAGAAUACCGUGCUGUCGGGCGGCUACCAGGAUGAUAGCCCUUGCAUCCAGUGGCUGUGGCAGUUGCUGCAAGAAGAUCUUGAACCAGAAGAUCUGGGUCGAUUUCUGAUGUUCACCACGUCGUGCAGCCGAGCACCGCUCUUGGGGUUCAAGAACUUGAACCCCAAGUUCUGCGUGCACCGCGUCCCGGACCACGACCGACUGCCCACCAGUGCCACGUGUGCCAACCUCCUCAAAUUGCCGGACUACGUGAACUACCACACCCUGAAGGCGAAGGUCCUUCAAGCAAUUCGUGCUGAGGCUGGCUUUGAUCUGAGCUGAGUGGCCGCGAUGGCCUGGGCAUAUGCAAGUACUGUCA